UGACACUAGAGCAGCGAUUCAGUACAUUUAUAAUCUUCUGUGGGCUCAGCAUAUAAGAGGGGCCCUAAGCUCCAACUGGCCCUCACAGCAAGCCGAGCAUAGAGCUCCUCAACACAGCAGUGCUGUGCUCAGAUUCACUUCUCUCAUCAGCUGAAAAAAAUAUCAUUGCGACUACUAUACUUCAGAGAGGUGUCUCUAAAGCCUGCACACAGGUACCAUAACUUCUCAAAAUGAAUCUUGAGGUGCCCAAAGCUGAGAUCAAGUCUGCUACUCGUGUCACCGGCGGCCCCUCCACCCCACGGAAAGGACCACCUAAGUUCAAACAGAGGCAGACCCGUCAGUUCAAGAGCAAGCCUCCGAAGAAGGGAAUCCAAGGCUUUGGUGAUGAUAUCCCUGGAAUGGAGGGCUUGGGCACUGAUAUUACUGUCAUUUGUCCCUGGGAGGCCUUCAAUCACCUGGAGCUCAAUGAGCUGGCCAAGUACGGCAUCAUCUGAGCCACCCUGAGGAUUACAGGCUGCAUCAAUAAACUUCAACUUCCGCCUCAGGCUUCAUCUUCUAAAUUCAAAUGGAACCAUUCCUAAGAAAAUACAAUAAUGAACUGUAACAAACACAAACAAAUGAAAACUACUACUACUACUUUCUCCAACUAUUUUUCUCACGGAUAAAACAUGAAAUUUGUGGAAGAGAGGCAACAUGAAAUUGAGUGAAAAAGAAGUGGUUGGACCCCCACUUCAUAUGAUCCUUCGCCAUCUCAGAGGCUUGUCCAUCAACACUGAUUAUGUAAAAUACAAAAUCUGAAUUCUGUAAAGACUGGGAACCUGUUUUGCAUUUCUGAUCGUAACCCUUUAAGUGGAAUCAUUUGAACCAAUCCUAACCCUUUUUCUCUCUGGUUUGAUCAUCACAAAAUAACUUAAAAUACUUUUUUUUCUUACCAUGGUGUAUUUGGAGAUGUGUUCUCAGAAAAGAAAAAAAAAACACCUUUACAAAAACCAGAAGAACAGCAGCUUAUAUUAUUGUAUUACUUGUAUUGUAUUAUUUAUAUGUCACCCUUGUAUAAUAUGAAUGCAUAUGAACAUUUGUGAUUUGUGUUCUUCCACACCACAA